AUGGCUCCACCUUGCGGAAACGAGAGGAGGUGGUCAAGGGCAGUAAAGAUGACCUUUUACUUGUUCUUUCUCAUACCAAUUUCAUCAGCUGGAUAUAGAAACACUAACACCAUAUUUGGUAAAAAACAAAAACUGGAGGUUCAGCAGCAAUUAAAGCGCCUUAACAAGCCCGCUCUUAAAUCCAUCAAGAGCCCGGAUGGAGAUAUAAUCGAUUGCGUAGAUAUCAAUAAGCAGCCAGCUUUUGAUCAUCCUUUGUUAAAAAAUCACACAAUUCAGAUGAGACCAAGUUCUUACCCAGAAGGGUUUUCAUUUGAUGAAAUCAAUGACGUCUCUUCAAACUCCGAGCCCGAAUUUACUCAGCCAUGGCACUUGAAUGGAAGGUGCCCAGAAGGAACUAUUCCCAUAAGAAGAACUAAAGAAGAAGAUUUAUUAAGGGCAGGCUCUGUAGCAAAUUUUGGAAGGAAAAAAUACCUAUCCAUCCCUCAUGCUCAGAGUAAUAACGAUCCAAAUAAUUUCCAUGAGCAUGCAACGUAUGGUGAGGCUGGAGAUAAGUAUUAUGGAAUGACGGCAGAAAUGAACCUGUGGAACCCCCAUACCCAGGAAAGAAAUGAAUUUAGCUUAUCUCAAUUCUGGUUGAUAAAUGGUGAAUAUGGUCACGAUCUUGAUUCCAUUGAAGCCGGCGCGAUGGUUUGCGAAAGUCUAUAUCAAGAUAAUAACACUAGACUCUUCGUAUCUUGGACUGAUGAUGCAUAUCAAAGCACAGGUUGCUACAAUCUGUUGUGCCCUGGCUUUGUUCAAGUUGAACAACAGAUUGCGAUGGGUGCAACUGUCACCCCUUAUUCCAAGUAUGAUGGUAACCAAUAUGCACUCAAGUUCUAUGUUUGGAAGGACGUUAAUGGAAAGGGAGACUGGUGGAUGAAUAUUAACGACAGAGUCUUUGGAUAUUGGCCAUCUUCCAUAUUCUCGAUCUUGUCUGAUAGUGCUUUAAGAGUUAGAUGGGGAGGAGAGGUCAUAAAUUAUAAUUCAGGAGGGCAGCACACCACAACACAAAUGGGCAGUGGCCAUUUUGCAGAAGAAGGGCCCGGCAAGGCCUUUGUCCCUCAUUAUGGGAUAAAUGCUGACCUUAAUGGUCUCGUAUCCGUUGGGAAAAAAUGUUGGGGCAUUGUAGGAUUUAAUGUCCUUCUGCAUGUUGGUCUGUCUGUUAUGCUUUUGCUUGUCUCUCAGAGAGAGACCGUCACCCUUAUUUUCGUCAACGCAACCUUUACUUCCGUCAACGUCAACUUAUUCGUCGCUAUCCUUGAAGCAGUUCUUUUCCAGAAGGUCAUCUUUGCAGUACUUAGAUUGGAUCCGUCACUUGUAGGUAGUCAGAUGUCAAGUGACGUGUCGUGUGAGGAGUCGUCAAUCCGCGAAGGAGCGGGCUACGACGAGACCUUUGGUUCCGGCGAUGAGUCAGAGGACUUCUCGCCCUCGUCAGAGAGAGAGACGUCGGCCCGAUCUCCUAACGGUGAUGAGAGUUACACUAAGGGAGAUAAGGAUGAAGUAGAAGAGGGAAGAGGAGAGGAUGGAGGUGAGGGGGGUGAUAUAAAUGUUGACGGCGAUGAUAGCGACGGAAGUGAUAGUAACGGGGAGGAGGGACCAAGUGAAGGAACUUCAAAGGGUCCUGGAGAUAACCGUCCUUUCAUUCUCCCUAAGGAUUGGGCCGUCAACAAAUUUUUACCUAGGAUGAAUGAUAAGGUUUUUAGGGAGUUGUGCACUCCUUAUUAA